AGCGAUUUGAUUUCUGUGUUGAAAGUUCCUUGUGAGAUAUGAGUGUGACCGCGAUCUUCACCAGCUGCCUUGGGCCUGAUCCUGACGAUGAGCAGCCCGACGCUGUGCAGCUUGCGGACGAGGACCCCUUCGAGGUGGUCGACACAAGCGGCGAAAAGGUGCAGUACCCCGCCCCGCCACGAAAAUACUACACCAAAAGCCGGCUCGCGCGGGUUUUCUGGUGCCUCUCCUGGUGGGCGUUACGGGUCUUAGUCUGCUUUUUUCACGGGACCGUUGUCGUGUUCGUUUUUUUGCAGAACCAAGAGCAUGAUCAGCGCGUGGAGCAGGCGGAGAGCACCAGGGAAGUAGAACUUCGGCGGAGGUCGUGGCGGGUACUAAAUCCACCGCCAGGACGAGAAGAAAAUAAUAAGCCCAGGAAGAGGAACAAAAAUUCGCAGCAACUUGCGAGGGCUGCUACAACUCCCACUAUAUACGACUACCUUCCGAGCAAUGUACAACUUCCAGAUGAAAGUUUUCCCUUCGACGAAGCUCUUGCACACAAGAACUACAGCCUUCGGAGGUCCGAUCCUGUGUCGUCGCGCGAUAAAAUUUUGCGGCCCAUCGUCACCGUCCAGGAGCCGCUUCUAGGGUUCGACGAUGCUCUGGUCAAAGCCCUUGUCUCCACCAAAUACGUGAACGAGCAGGCGGAUUGCGACGCCGGGGAAGCCGCCGGGCCGCCGAAGGAGACCAACCGGCUCGAGCAGCUCCAGGCCUUCGUGUUGCGUCAUUCGCUAUGAAUUCCAAAGGUAAUUUAUCGUACUGGUAGUAAAUACAUAAACAGAAUAAAAGAAAUCGGCUCAGCAUAAUAAAUGGAGUUUAUCAUGCGGAUUUAGCUUGGGAAGACAAAGACUUUUCAUGCAUAACUGCAAUUUACAACUACGAGUCGAGUGCGAUACAACUUUUGCACAGGAUAUUCGCUAGCACUGCAGGAAAUACUCCCUCGGGUAGUAGAAGGAAAAGAGGAUCAAGCGGCAGAAACGAAGCUUCCUACUGUACUGCCUGCCGUGGUCCCUGGCGCGACGACGGUCGUGCCGGCAAUUACCCCUCUGUCCGCCCCCGACAAACGGCGGCUUCAGCUGGGACCACUCAGCUUGCUGGACGGCGAACCUCUUUGGGUGAAGGCCGCUCGGGAGGUAUCCUGAGUAAAAACGUACCCACACCAGAGUCAGGAUGGGGAUUUUGCAACACAAACCUAGGAGUUUUGUGAGUCACGCAUGACAAGUUGGACUCUGCAGUGUAGUGCAGGUUAGCAAGUGCAGCCGCAUCACAGAUUCAUCUGCUCAUCCUGUUCACAGCAUCACAAAUUACAAAACACGAUUGGAAAUGGCUCUCAUGGGGAGGCGCGUUAGAAGUCUUCCUGUCUUUGCAAAUCUGCAUUACAACUCUGGUGUGGGUACGUUUUUCCUCAGGAUAGGAGGCGGCAGCCGGGCAAAAAAGGGCUGCGCGGGCCGCGGAAGAUACGAGGCAGGCGGAAUUGGCAAGGCUGCGCAAGGCCCUGAGUGUGCAGAGAGGUAGCAGUGGAAAGAUACGACUGCGUCUCGUAUCCAAGAAGGAAUUUGAUGGGGCUGACCAAGCAAAGGUUUCCGGACUAUCGGAGGAAGACGCGAUAAAUAGGAGUGCGAAGACUUCUGCCACUCACCGCCACGGAGAAGUGGAAGAUCCUUCAAGAACAUCAGCGGUCUUGAUGUCACCAGCCUCCGUUACAACUGUUGUAGAAGAGCACCACAUCUGGCUGCGCAGCGACACGGCGCUUUCCGGGUACGGGCAAAUUCUGGAGUACUACCAUUUUCUCAUCGACUUUCUGCCCCAGAUGCUGUACCAAACGCGCGGACUUUGUGAGGAAGUAAAAUCAAGAACGACCUGGGUUGGAGCAUCGUCAGCAUCUUCAUCAUCAUCAUCAUCAUCAUUGCCUCCCAGCACAAUUCAAUCUCCAACCCCAUGCAUCAUCUACCUUCACGUGCCCUGUGCCACGUUUCGCUGGGGCGUCUACCGGCCGUUGACCUACCACCUGGCGGGGUGGCGGGAGAAAAACUACUACGACCUGAAGUCGCACUGGGAAGCCGCUUUGGGCGCCGGGAGGAAGAACCUGGUGCUCGUGUAUGAACCGCGACACGGGGCGUUGUUUGGCACCCAUCUCGCGGGCAGCUUCCUCUCGCGCGGUGAGCGCACGAUUCGGAUGGGGCAGAUCCGAGAGUUCGUGAACUUUGUUGAGAGGAAUGUUGAAGAUAAUAAAGAACACGGCUACGACGGUGCUACAAGUGUUGUAACAGGAAGCGCCAGUCCCAGUCGCUCCUCCGGCACAUUGUCCCGAAUAGACGCCGGCAAAGUAGAAAGCAGCUGGAACUCGAACUACAGUAAUCAUCCCAACAUUGUGUCCUGGUUGGAGUCGGAAUUUGUGACGAGGAACGAUUCGAAAAGAAUCGUGCGCGAGUACGGCAGCCAGAACAGGUCCCUGACCUUGAAGAGGAAUAGUGAACAUGAAUUUGAAGACGAACAGCAGCGUGUGGCCCAUUUCAUCCUAGAUGCGGACGUCACUACGCCGGUUGUACGGACGGCGAGCGAAGCCAAUAAAGCAAGACCAAAGCGGGGUGCUGAAGAUAACGCUGAACGACCUGGCGGGUCUGGGUCUGAGAGUAGAACUCCUGAAGCAGGAGCUUCUAUACAACCGACAACCACAACAAGAGCUGCUCCGGUACAACUGAAAAAUAGAUCGUCGUCUUUGGGCGAAGAUCAAAAUAAGUCGCACGUUAGGCUGAAAACAACUCUGCGGGUGAUGGAGGGCUUUGAUCUGGUAGGAAGGAAAGAAGAAAUCUCGCAGCUACCGCAGCGCGUGUACAAAUACGCACGUGAAUACCUGUGGCGAUUGGCCGGAGUUUGGCCUGAAGAAGACGAGAACGGGGCCCCGCGUGAUCACAUUAGGCCUGUUUCAUCUGCCUACGAAGACAAUAUUAAAGAAGGAACGCAAGUGCAGGCGACGAACAGUCCGGCAUCUACUACUUCUGCCGAUGAUGCCGGCGGACAGCGCGAGGACCCGGAAGAGCACAAUAACAAUGUAGCAGGACGAGAACAACUACACAAAACGAGAAACCGUGCGUCGAUCAACCACAACAUUCUGAUCAUGCUCCGCAAGCAAACGCAGCGGCGGAAGAACCUGAGCGCAAAGUGGGAAACGGAGGCAAAAAGGUUGGAGGCAUUGUUGGCACAAUUUGCUGCAACUAGAAGUACUGCGGACAGAACUAGGAGUUCUAGUACUACAGCUGCAACAUCGCCUUCGUUCACCGUGCGAAUGCUGGACCCUGCGGUAGAUUUGGGUCCCAAAAACUCCGCAGCACUCGAGGAAGAAACGCCGGUUCUUGUGGAUUCCAUCCGCGUUUUUUACAACGCCACGGUGCUGAUCGGGACGCACGGAGCGGCGCUGUCAAACGCCUUGUUCAUGAAAAGCGGCUCGCUUCUCGUCGAGGUCGGGCCUCGGAACGAGGGGUUUGCCACGCCCUUUGAAAACUUAGCGAACCGGACCGGGAUCGACUACAUAUGGACCGGGAAGGAAAUCGAGAACUGCACGGAAAGGAUUGUUUUUCCCGGAAUCAAAAAGUUUUUCGGUCUGAUGUGACGUUAGAAUCGAGUGAAAGACAAAAAUUCAUGGAAUUUGGUGAAUAUUUCUUGGCUAGAGGGAAGAGGUGAGGCUGAGGAUCAAGGCAGUAUAGGAGGACGAACAAGUUGACCAAGACUUGAAGCAGGUUUCGUUUCGGCUUCUGAGGAAUUGAAAAAGAAGUAGUACGUAGCGCGGGGAAAAAUAAAAAAAGGUUCCUCCUGCGAUGUUGAUUCA